AUGUCAGUUGAGGGAUCUCAUAUAUGUGCGUCAUUAGAAUCUAUUAGGUCAAACAUUGACGCACAAAAGAAAUUUACCGAAUUUGAUAUAGAGCCUUCCUGGAUGACGAAACGACAUUUUUGGAACAAUAUUUAUAACAGUCGCUAUGAAUUUUUAAUGAGAAAUUCGAAAUGGCCUCCAUUGAAGGUCAUACUUGUACCACGCUCACAUGUUCAUUCUAUUUGGAAGAACACUUUUGAGCAUUAUAACAACAACUCAGCCCUCAAAAUAAUUUCUAACAUGGUGAAGAAGAUGCACUUAUACCCUAACUUAACAUUUACUUGGAACGAAAUAUCCCACUUAAGUAAAUGGUGGAACACGACCACUCAUAAAAACCGAGCGGGUUUUCGAAAAUUUCUAAAUGCAGGAAGACUAGAAAUAACAACUGGAGGCUGGGUCGAACCUGACGAAGCAACAACCCACAUAUAUGGCCUCGUACAUAAUCUGAUUGAAGGUAAAUAAAUAGGUUAAAAGUUCAACCGGGAUGAAUUCGGGAGGACGGAUUAAAUUAAUAUAUUUAU